AGGGCAGAGGACUUGAUAGCACAGUUGGCCACCGUUGACAUCGCGACAAAUACCAUUCACUUUUACCCGGCGCGUUGGUGCGGAUUUUCACUGUUCUACUGGCCGUCCAGUCUGCUAAUUCAACGGUGAAAUUACGGCUUUUCCUAAGGGACAGUUGACUUUUCCGGUAGCGGAUUGGCUGUGGCGGUGGGGGAGUGGCGGGGUCCCGUGACACCGACCAGCGACCAGGAGUGGGUGGAGAGUGAGACACACUCACGCAGACGUUGUCGACUAUUUUGCUUCCAAUAGUUUGUAAACACCCCCCCCCCCCCAGCUCUCCUCGCCGCUGGUGGCGCUAUUGGCUAGUUGUGUCAAGUGCUAGUGGGGGCUGGAGGUGUUGCAGUAGCGGACGGUGCUAUUGGUGAUGCGGAGUGGUGGUGGUGGUGGUGGUUCUAGGCUAGUGGUUGUACGGAGCUAGUGGUGCUAGUACGCACUUGUGGUGCUAGUACGCGCUUGUGGUGCUAGUACGCACUUGUGGUGUUACGUACUAGUGGCGUUACGAAAUGGUGGUGCUAUGGGCUAGUGAUGCUACGAGCUAGUGCUGCUACUGAUUGGUGUUACAGAUUGGACUGUUUGUGACAGCAUGAGAUGAUGAUUUCUGUCUGACGAAAGCAUGGAUAUAAAAUAUAGAAAAUCUGACAGUGAAAACGUGAACGGUAACAGUGAAAAUGUGACGAUUCCUGAAAACCAGAGACGGUGAACGAGAAGAAGGUGACGCUAAACGAGAACCUGGUGACGGUGAACGAGAACCAAGUUGACGGUGAACGAGAACCUAGUGACGCUAAACGAGAACCAGGCGACGGUGAACGAGAACCAAGUGACGGUGCCACUGUAGAGAAAUAUAGUGCGUCAGCAUAUGUCAACAACUGACAUACCUCGCUGACGACACAUAGUAAAAAGCAAAUCUCAUAACAAAGCGAGAUGUAACCGCUCAAAAUACGAAAUAUACUUUUAUUUUCGAGAUUAAAAAAACGAAAACCAUUCAUAUGACUUUACAUGACUCUAAAACUUUCAAGACAAGAAGGACAGAAACCCCCUAAAAGUAUAAAUAAAUAAGACGUGGCUAAGAUCUGAAGACUCAAGAAAAGUAUAAGAUAAAUUUACACACACACAAGACUAACAAGAAAUGGCAGACAGGUCCAAUUCUCCUCUACAACAUUCCACAGAUUUAGCUUCAGGUGUCUCCGCGACUCCUCCAACGCCCUCUGCUGAUGACGAAACCUUCAAGAGCAGCUUGAAAGUGCUGCUGAAGAAGCAGGACGAAGAGUUAACCAAGAAUCUUGAACACAGGGAAAAAUUGGACCAGGACGCCAGAGAAAAAGAUGUCUGCUCUUCGCCAGAGAAAGAAAACGCAGCAGGAGAGACUGGUAAGAGAACGGAGCGAAGUUCGGAGGGGAAGCCCAGGAAGAAUGCCACCACGCGGGAAAGACACGAUGAUAGUGGAAGUGAAACAAAGGCAGAGAAACAGCCUCUUAAUGGCAGAAACGAAGUAAAAGAGGGACGAAAAGAUGACAAGGCUAUUGCAGGACUUAAUACAGAAAGGCAGAGAGAGCGAAAUAACAGCACAGACGAAAGACAAAGGAGACGAAAAGAUAACCAGACGCAACAUGGAGAUGAUAAACAGAAAUUAGAGGAAACAAACAACAAUCCAAUGGAAAAUGAAGAGAAGACAGGAUCAAAAUCGACAGAACAUAGAAUUCCAGAAGUCACAAAAAGAGAAAGUCGUAGAAUGCCUAAAGAGGAAGAUACAGAACACAAACAUAAAGCAAAAGACGAUAGCCAGAAGGAAAGCGACAUUGGCGAAAGGGAUGGAGACAGAGACGAUCAAGAAAGGGACAGGAAAGAGAAAGCUAGAAGUGUUGACAAAGAAAGUACAUGCAGAGAUUUGAAGGCGGAAGAGAGAGGUGGAAGAGAGGAGAAGAAGAAGAGCCCCAAAGAAAACACAAGCAGCAGACAUAGAAAAAAGGGUAAAGAAAGAAAAAAUGAAGAAGAAGGGGUACAAGAGAAAGUAAAGGAUAUCAGGAAGAAGUCUGACCACAAGGAAAAGUCUGACCACAAAGAGAACUCAGACCACAAGGAAAAGCCUGACCACAAGGAGAAGUCUGACCACAAGGAGAAGUCUGACCACAAGGAGAAGUCUGACCACAAGGAGAAGUCUGACCACAAAGAGAAGUCUGACCACAAAGAGAAGUCAGACCACAAGGAGAAGUCUGACCGCAAGGAGAAGUCUGACCGCAAGGAAAAGUCUGACCACAAAGAGAAGUCUGACCACAAAGAGAAGAAAGAGACUAGCAAAGCCAUCAAGCACGACUCACCACCAGCCAACAAACAAACGCAAGAGGAGAACAUGAAGAGAGAAAAGCAAGAAACAGGAAUUAAAGAAGAGGAGAGUAAAGGAGAGAAGUCACAAGGAUUCCUUUUUAUGAAGAAAAAGGGUCCCUUCGGUUCCUGGAAGAGAUAUUACUUCGUGCUGGACGGUCGCCUGCUCACCUACUACCGCUCCCAGGACGACUACGAGCAGCUCUCAGGGCUCAAGGGCUCGCUGGACCUGACGCUGCUGGAGGACGUGCGCUCUAAGAAGCCCGGGCUCAUGAAGACUCAUUUCCCCUUUAGUCUGUCGCGCAGGAACCUUCAUUCUAUGAAGUUGGCCGCGGAGACCAGGGAGGAGCGAGAGAGGUGGCUCAAGAUCUUGCAGGAUAUCCUACUGCGGCACAACCGGCUCUCUGGCUCCGACAACACUCUCGACGCCAGCAGGAGCGGCCCAACCCUCGAUAAUCACCAGUCGAAAUCGGCUACACUUCCCGGACGGACUAACGUGACCUCAGACCACGUCCCCACCACCAGCUCCGACGAGGACGACGAGGACGACGAGCCUCAGCUGAUCAAGCCUAAGAAGGUCAUGAGAGUCCCCAUCGGCGGCCCGCUCGUCGGGGUCAACAUUGGAGAGAUUAAGCUCAAGAAGGUUGAACCGAAAAAGAAAGAUGCUGCAGACGACGGGACAUCCGGCUCCUCAGACGAAGAGGUCAGUGUUCUCAAGAAAGAGCCCAUGUUUCCCCUGAGUGGGGUCAAACUCAAGAGUGUGAAGAGACCUGACGAGCACAACAACGGAGACAGAACCGGAGAUGAUGACAGAGAAGACAAAACUCUGCCAGCUGGAGAGAUGUUCGGAGUGAAACUGAAGAAAAUUCAGAAGAAAGACGAAAUCUCCUCGAAAGACCUCACAACUGAAUUUAAGAGGGAGGAAGGAGGUAGCUCUCAGAAACGCCCCCAUAAACAGCCAGUCAUCCCGCUAAACAACAGCUCUCUUCUUAACCGAUCGGAAAUAAGUUCGCCCAAACUUUCUCCCGCUAUUCAGAAGAAAAAUCCAACGGAGAGAAGGAAAUCUCCCUCCCCUAGCAUUCCUCUGUCUAGGAGUGUUCACGCCCUUACUAAGUCUGUUGACGAAGUUAGCGUUACAAGCGCAGAGGUUCUCUCUGAUUCAAACAAAGAAAACGUAGCUUCCGACGUCGCGAAUGAGAAACUAAACAAAGAUAUCACUAUCCAUCACGCCGAGCGACGUGAACUGAGGUUCAGUGAGGAUAUAGUGAGCAUGGAUGUUGAACCUGUGGUUGAGAUAGCUGUUGUUACAAUAGAUACGGAGACACAGGAGAAUCACGAACAGGAAGCAGAUGACGAUGGGAAGAAACAAGUUGUUUCAAGAAGACCUGAAGAUGAGCCGGGGGAUGCUGAUGAUUCAUCUCCUGAUUCCUCAUCUGGAAAUAAAUGUCCGAUGGCUAUUCAAGAAAUGCCCAUUGUAGUGAAUACAAAUUCAGAUGAAGAACCAGAAUAUGAAGAAUUUGACGGAGAAAUUGUGAACUAUCUGAAGCAGACUCCAAAUACUGGAUCAGCGCCUUCAGAGAGGAAUCCUAGCGUCGAAGAGGAAAAUGAUUACGAAGAAUUUGAUGAAGAAUUUCUAAAUAAGAUCAAGAAUAACACGGCGAGCUUCAAGACAUCGCCUCCUCAACACUUCCCUUCAUCAGCAUCAAGUAGUGCUCCCCUUCCUAUUACUCCCUUCAACAACGAAAAAGACUCCCCACCACCGAUACCAACGAGCCCUUCCCCUUGUCCAGUCCGUUCAACGAAGAAGAUUCCUUCACCCGCCCCACAAGACGACGAAGAUGACGAGCCCUUCUAUGAAGACUUCGACGAUGACUUUCUCAUGAAUAUGAAAUCCUCCGGUAAGCCAACUUCAGUGUCAUCUACAACAAGUUCUCCUGGCGAAGUCUUGAAGGCAGUUGUAGGGCAGGACGUUAACAGCCAGGACGGGAUUACUCCUCCACGCAGUCCUUUCAGAGGAAGAACCAACACCAAUGAAAGUUCGACCUCGUCUUGUAAAAGUGAUUCGGAAAAUGCGGAAAAGAAAUCCUCUAAGUUUAAGAUGUUCAAGAACAGGUUGUCUGGAGGUUCGAGCUCAGGAGAUAAGAAGGAAGUUGAAGAGCUUAAAGAUCCCAAAGAUAAGAAGCGAAAGGGAAGCACUUUCUCAUUUCUUCAGGGAAAGAAAAGUAAAGAUAAGAAUAAAAAGCCCUGUGAUGAAGUAGACGUAAACCCAUCCGAGACGCUCACUGUCGUCAAUCAACCACUCACUGACACGUCAAAAGAUGCUGCUGAAAUUAAGCCCCCACUCGCUGGAACGGAUGAAUCUCCAGACCCAAUGAAAAAUGGCAAUGGAGCCAUAACCCUUCCAGAGCCUGUAGCAGACCCUUGCAACACUGAGGACACCAAACCCCAACAUACUAACUCUCGUUCUCUCAGUCCGGUAAUCACAGAGAACUUGACUGUUGUCAUGCGCCGGGAUACUCAUCACACCAACGGCGAGGCCCGCUGUAGCACCUACAGCCGAGCGUCCACUAGCUCCAGAGACCAGGAACCAGCACCUUCCAUACCGGAAAAGACCAGACUCAGAGCAAAAUCCCCAAAUCACGACGUCCCGCAGAGUAACCGGCCAGUGACCAACUUCUAUCCCUGCAGCGUUCCACAGGAGCAGGAGCAGGAACCAGAGAGUAAAGAGCUGCUUGAUGGCUACAUCUCGGAGGAGCAAAUACAUGCCAUCCUCUCAGCCAGCGAGUCUCGGGAUAAGAGGAGACAUUCCCAAUCCCGCCUUCAGGGUUUUGUGAUGACUGUAACCGAUGCUUCUAGGAGUACGGGAGGCGACGAUUCCGAGGACUGGAUGUCCAAGCGACCCUCGUACGUCUCCAUCAAUAGCACGGAGAGCGACGAACCUCUUCCCACGACAAAUUUCCUUAGUGAUAGGCGUUCGUCGAGCUCAGGAAGUCUCGUGUUUCGAUCGAAAUCGUGCGAAUCCGACGACUCGGGUGAGUCGCAUGGGCAAGCAUCAAGGGACGCUGAAGACCCGCCCUCGGAGCAAGAUAUGCCUGUUGUCCUUAUGAGAAAACCUUCUCGAGUUACGGACAUUCUCAUGUCCAGUAAUCGCCUCAGCCUUACCUCGCCUGAAUACACGGUGGUGGAAGAGGACGGACCUGGCACUCCAGACGCCACAAAAACCACUUUCCCAUCUGAGGAAGAACAAGAACAACAAAUUCCUUCGGUUCAAUCCACAAGUGAACGAAAAGUCUCUGUAGACGACGAAGGAAAUGAGCAGGAAGAUUAUUUUCCAGUGGUAGGAGGGGGUGUCGAACUCCGGAAAUUACCGGGUAAUCUGGCACUAGGAGAUUCCUCAACACACGAUAUGAGGACAUCUGGUAUCAUCGAACUGAAGGAGUACCUCAAGGAAAUGGAUACAGAUAAGGACGCGAAAGAGCUGAAAACGGGAAUAAGUCGCCUUGGCCACAGUGCCGCCGUCGAAAAGCUCAAAACGACCACAGAUGAACUUUAAGGAAGGCUAAUUUACAAAAAAGAAUGUAUUCUAUAUACAGUAUCAGUGAUAUACCUAGUCUCUGUUUAAACGUACCCAAUACGUAAGUCUGAAAGGCUUUCUUAAAUACAAAGCACUUCGUUGUAUCCGCACUUCAUAUCCCCCCCACGUGUUAAAAAGCUACUGGGCCUCUCCAGCCUUCUCCGUGCAAUUUAAACUUUGUCUCAGUCUUCUCUGUCUGCCUGCCUGCCUGUGGUGCUGCAGUUACGACUACUCUCGAGAGCUCUCGACUCUUGGAACUGAAUCUCCUGAAAUGUGUCAUUCACAUCCUGACUGUCUAGGUCCUCCACGUACUGAUUGGUCAGAUCCUGAGCAUGCUGACUGUCCAGGUCCUCCACGUCCUGAUUGGUCAGGUCCUCCGAAUGCUAACUGGUCAUGCCUCCAGGUAAUGACUGGUCACAUGUUUGUAAAGUGUACACUUUUCACUCCACACAACUUUCUUUUUACGAUUGUAAGAAUGUAUUAAAUUGUAAUUGAUAUGAAUUAA